CUGCACACUCCAGCACAGGAGGUGGCGCUAUGCACUCAAUUGUUGGAUUGCAACACAGAGAAGAAUCAGAUGUUGGAGACGUACAUUGAAAAAAUGAUUUUGACGAUUGUCUUUUAGCAAUUUUGAUAACAUGCUGGCCUUUCUAAGUUGACGGACAUAUUGAUAUUUGAAAUCUCUGAUUUUCUAAAUCAUAUCAGGGAAAAGAGAAAAAUCAACCGUUUUCACACUUCGACGGGACACGUGGGACACAACUGCGCAGCAUGGUCAAGCCAAGCUCUCUUCAGAAAACAUUAAGCAAAGGUGCAAAGCUAACCUCAGCUAUGGCUGUUGAAAGUGGUGAAGAAGAUGACCUUUCCAUUAAUGAACAAGCCAUCAGUGCCAGUGAAGAUGAGGAGGGCAGUGAUGAUGAGAGAAAACAUAAGAAGCUACUGGAAGCCAUCAGUUCUAUGGGUGGGAGAAAGAGGAAAAAGCAGAAUGAGCGCUCUGAAGCAAGUGUGCAGGUCUCCGAGUUCUUUGUCAAUGCAGAGGGUACAGGAGAGAAAAUCAACCUUUCUGACCUCCUGGGAACUGUGGAGAAGACCUCGGGAGCUUCCAACAAGACCAAGAAACAGCUGAGGAACCUGCAAAACAGUAAAGGGACUUUGGCAUUACCGCUCAACAAACAGGAAACAGAGAAGAUUCAGAGAGGCAUAGCGUAUGAGAAGACCACUAAAGAGGUGUCUUGCUGGCAGAACAUCAUAGUGCAGAACCGGAAGGCCGAACAAAUAGUGUUUCCUUUGAACCAGGAGUCCUCAGGACCUAAACGGGUGGAGCAGGUUGUGGCUGGAUGGAAGGCUCAAACUCCUCUUGAACAAGAGAUUUUCAGACUCUUGCGCAUCAACAGCCAGCCAGUCAAUGACCCUGUUUUGACUGCUGUAGAGGAGGCGUCACUUAAAGCCAUGAGCUUGGAGGAGGCUAAGAUUCGCCGUUCUGAGCUUCAAAAGACAAGAGCUCUUCAAUCAUACUAUGAGGCAAAAGCCAAAAGAGAAAAGAAUAUCAAGAGUAAAAAGUACCGCAGGAUUCAGAAGAAAGCCAAGCAUAAAGAGUUUCUGAAGCAGUUUGAGGAAAUGGUAAAGACGAAUCCUGAAGGAGCUCUGGAAGAGCUAAAAAAGAUGGAACUGUCCAGGAUGCAGGAGAGAAUGUCUCUGAAGCAUCAGAACAGUGGCAAGUGGGCAAAAUCAAAAGCCAUAAUGGCAAAAUAUGAUGAUUCGGCACGCAAAGCAAUGCAGGAGCAGUUGCAGAUGAAUAAAGAUCUUACCCAGAAGAUUGUGGUGCUUUCUGAUGACGAACAUGAAAGUAACGAGGAAGGACUGGAGACGGUACCUGAUUUUGUGAACAACCCUGAGCCAGUCAUUGACCCUGUCAAUCCCUGGAUGAGAGGCCAACUUACACAUGAAGAACCUGAGGUUAGCUGUGUCACAACUGAGGAGCCUCAAACAGCAGAACAGGAGAAUGAGGAAGAGGAACUAAUUGGAGAAUUUGAGAGGAAGAGGAAUCUGAGGCAAGCUGAUGAAGAGGACUUGAUUCCUACAGAAGAACAGAAACCUGAAAGCGAGGUAGUUGAAGAUGAUGUGGUUGAGGUAUCUGACAAAGAGGAGGAGGAGGAGGACGAAGAAGAGGAGGACGUUUCUGAGUUUAACACCCUUUUCAGGCUUAUGAGGAGUGAGAAGACACUUGAGGGUCCAAAUCAGAAGUCGCAAGGGUUGAACACACCCGAGCGAGAAGGUGAAGAGGGACUUUUGAAUGAAGGACCGAUUCGAGUCAGGAAUAUUGAGGACCUGGAGGUUUUGCCUGAGGAUGUCGACCCCCAACCCAUUGCGGCGCCGUCACUGCCACAGACGGCUGUUGGGGAAGCCACUUCUGAGCCUCCUAACAAAAAGAGGAGGGAAAUCGACCUCAAAGAAGUACUCACCAAAGAUGCCAGAGUCGUCAAAGUUCCCUUUUUGCCAAAAGUGGUUGAAGAGGAAGAUCAUGAUGAACAGAUCUCCAUCAUCAAGGAGGCCUUUGCUGGGGAUGAUGUAAUUUCUGAUUUUAUAAAGGACAAAAGGAAACAGGAAGCUGCUGGGAAGCCUAAAGUGGUGGACCUGACACUGCCAGGCUGGGGAGAAUGGGGAGGUGUUGGUCUCAAGCCAUCCCGCUGGAAACGCAAAAGAUUUAGGAUAAAAAUGGCUCCAUCACCUCCACGGCAAGACCGGAAACUGCCUGAUACCAUCAUAUCAGAGAACAGAAGUACAUCAAUCGCUUCCCAUCAGGUUAGUCAACUACCAUUCCCGUUUCAAAAUACUGCACAGUUUGAGUCUUGCAUCCGUACACCUAUUGGGCAGACGUGGAACACACAAGGUGUUGUGAAGAAGAUGACAAAACCCAAAGUUAUCACUAAUUUGGGUGCGAUCAUUGAGCCUAUGGUCAAGGAGGACUUCAUAAAGAAUAAGACCACAACAUCAGCUGGUAAAGGACCAGCAAUCAUGUUGGGAGAAAACAAAAGGGCAAAUAAGGGCAGGAAAUGGUCAUCAGCAAAGCAUAGAGGAAGAAGAGGAUCACAGAAGAGGAAAAAGCAACAGACUUCAGUAACUGCAUAAAUAGAUUUGAUUUGUGAGGUAAAGUGUUUCAAGAAGACAUCUCUGUGAUAAAUUAACAUAUGAACUUAUGAUUCUGAUCAUGGUCACAUACAUGUAAUUGUAUUUAUCAGAAUACCUAUUAUUAGUAAUAACUGUUUUUUCUGUUCAGCCGCUCUCAAAUAAAUCAAUUUUAAAAGCA